GUUCAGCCUGUGACUUCUUCUUUGUGUACCCAGCGUUGGCCACCUCUGGGUCAUCUAGCUCAGAGCUUGUGGGGGUUGACGCUGGGCUCUGGCCAGGUCUCUGAGACAGAUCUUGCAGAGACAGAUACAAGAAGCCCUUGACCUGCUGAACAAAAACCUAAACAAUGGUGCAGGAAAGACAGUCCCAAGGUAGAGGGAAGGGAGUCUGCUGGUCCUUGAGACUCUGGUCGGCCGCUAUGGUUUCCAUCCUACUCCUCAGCACCUGUUUCGUCCUGAGCUGUGUGGUGACUUACCAGUUUGAGAUGGACAAGCCCAAUACAAGACUGUCUGAACUUCACACAUACCAUUCCAGUCUCAGCUGCUUCAGUGAAGGGACGUGGGUGUCAGAAAAAGUUUGGGGUUGUUGCCCAAGUCACUGGAAGUCAUUUGGCUCCAGCUGUUACCACAUUUCUACCGAUAAGAACAACUGGAACAUCAGCGAGCAGAAAUGCAUUAAGAUGGGGUCUCAUUUGGUGGUGAUCAACACUGAAGCUGAGCAGAAUUUCAUCAUCCAACAACUGAAUAAGUCGAUUGCUUACUUCCUGGGGCUUUCUGAUCCACAAGGUAACGGCCAAUGGCAAUGGAUCGAUAAUACUCCUUGUAGUCAAAACAUCAGGUUCUGGCACCUAAAUGAGCCCAACCUUCCUGACGAGAGAUGUGCUUUGGUAGUUCACUGGGAUCCUACUGGAUGGGGCUGGAACAACGUUUUCUGCAAGCAUAAAUAUAACUCAAUAUGUGAAAUGAAGAAGACUUACCUCUGAGCGGCAUUUUGUUCAUUUAUACCUUUAGAGUCCCUGGGCACGAACACAUGACUUUUUUUUCUUUUUCUAGAUGGUUCUUUUCACUGAAGGCAGAUGGGUCCUUCCUCUCUGUGAUGGUUAGGAUUUUGCCAACUGGACACAAACUAGAAUCACCUAGGAAGAGGGACUCCCAGCUAAGGAAUUGCCCCAUCAGGCUGACUUGUCAGCACGUCUGUGGGAGCAUUUUCUUGAUUGAUGAUUGUUGUAAGAGGGUCCAGUGGGUCCUGGGUGGGUGGUCAUGGGUGGUGUAAGAAAGUAAGCUGAGAAAGGCAUGGCUAGCAAGCCAGUGGGUAUCGCCCCUUUAUCUCUGUCCCAGGUUGCUGCCCCAGGUUCCUGUAUUGGGUUCCUGCCCCAGGUUCUUGCUCUGGCUUCUUUCUAUGAUGAACUGUUGUUACUUGAAAGUAUAAAAUGAAAUAAAUCAUUUCUUCCAA